AUGUUUGGUACGAAAACUGUCAUUGAUAAAGUAACAAUGCAAACACCCAAUGGAGGUCACGUAACAUAUCAGAGAAAGGUUAGAGUAUCUACAGAAAAAGAUGUUCCAAAACUAGAACUUCCCAAACAAUUUUUACCAUCAUUUUCAUCAUCAAGUAGAAGAAUAAAAUAUAAAGAAGAAAAAGAACAAGAGGAAAAAGAUCAAAAGAAACCAAAAGAUAAAAAAAAUAAAAAAUAA